AUGUCAACUUUGAGUCAACAACGUAAACUGGUUGAACAACCACGUGAAGAGGCAAACAUGGAUUGUCGUCCCGUUUGUGAAUGUGAACAAGAAAUGAUUGUGUGUAUGCAACAGAAUGGAGAAGAAGAUUGUCUAGUUUCAGGAUUUGCGUGUAACAAAGCUAAUGGAUUGCAAGAAAAAGGUGGAUGCGUGAUGAUGUAG